AUGACUUCUUCCUUUCCCUUUCGGCGCAAGAAGCCAAGCGAGAUCGAGAAAGCUGAAAAAAACCUCGCAAAUCAAUACAAUGGCCACCACCAUCGAUCAUCUGGAAUGCGAUUCAAGCGACCUUUCAUCGACCCGAAAAGCGUCAACAAUCGCAGGCUGGAGCUAGAAGAUUCUGAACAGAAUUAUUGCAAACAAAGAUACUUGAACCCCAGCGGAGAAGAUGAUCACGAGAAAUAUCCCGACCUAGACACAUACUACAGUACGAACAAAGAGUAUCCGCGGCGACUGGUCGUACAGGCAACUCGCGAGGUUUAUAAAGAAACCGACCGCCAUGAUCGUCACUGGGGUCGUCGCCACAUUCGAGGAAGGGUUCCAUUUAUUAUCACCUUGGCCGAGUUCUGCUUGAAUCCUUUCAGGUUCCGCCGCUACGAUGGUACCCCGGUUGAAGAGGAUGAAGAAGGGACCAAAAAUGUGGUGUUGGUGGCUAUCAAGCGAACUCUUCACUGGAUCAUGUCGACUUUUCUUACUUUGACACUUGCAUGGAUCAUUCAAGUUAUGCUUUCCGUUGAGAUUGUGACCUCUCCAUGGAAUGACGAUGGUACGACUGAGCCCUACGAGGAGUAUGAGAACGUUCACUGGUUUUGGCCUAAACACUCGAUCAAUGUACUUGAUCAAUCGCCCGGGAACAAGAAACCACAAUCAAAGGUUGCCAAGCUUACUAUCCCCCGCCGCUUGGUGGUGAAAGAUAAAGCUACUGGGCAAUGGGUUCCCCGAGAAACUGUGGACCUUCGUGAUAAGAAGACGGGCAUGCUGCAGCCUUAUAUCUUUUUGAGUUUCUCGCGGGCCAACUAUCUCGAUAAAACCAACGAAGAAUUGCGAAAGAUGUUCUACCUAGUGGCUGAUCGCAUGCUUGAGCAUGAAAAUGCACACAGAGAUCCCCAAGAGCCUCCAAUGGAAGCUUUCUGGGCUGACGUGGAUUGCGUGUCAAGUGACACAAGUAACCCCGUUGGUGGCACAGAAUCCAGAUGUACCCGGGAUGUCAAUACAAUCUGUGAUGCUGUCCGUUGUGCACAACGGGUAUACAUUGUUCUGCCUAGUGAUUCAGAAGAAGACAAGCGAAUCUGGGGAAAUCGAAUAUGGACGUUCCCAGAAGUCCUCCUCGCCGCGACCAAGAUACGAUACUGCUUCACUCAUUCUGCAUCCGAGGCCCUGUUUACACCACACGAAGUUUCGUUGAGCGACAUGUACAGUAGCUUCUGGCCCGAGAUCUCAAAGCUACCCAGGUCCGAUGGGACAGACUCUGACGGGCAAGUGGAACACGAGGAUGUCAUAGGCCACCUUGUCAGCCAUUACACCAACAAUAUUCAGCUGAGUGAGCUACAAUUGUUCACUUUUGCUAUUCAAGCCAUGUCCAGACAGACGACCAGCAUCGACACCCAGGGAUACACAACUAGGGACAUGGCCUAUGCUGCCAUGGGACUGCUAUCAUAUCGACUUACGCCUGAUGACUCAGACAACACGUUCCAGGCCAUUGCGCGCCUUUCUCUUGUAAAUGACAGUAAUCAGCUACUUGAGCGUCUUCUUUGCCUAUUGCCGUACCCUGAAAAGAAUCCACCUCCUGUUAACACACGGCUUGAUUACGUUUCAGCUGGAAGUGAAACACUUCUCCGCAAUAUCGCGGAUAGAGAUCAAUACUCCACGCAUCUCUGGGACAUUAAGCCUAUUUGUGACAUCGUUGGUGUUGGCGACGAUCUAUAUGAACCUACUGUUAUCAUGGACCGCUGCCGGGGUAUCCCCAUCCGAUGGAAGGACUUCCCAAGACUGCGAUAUGCCAAGGACCUCCAAGGGCUCGGUGCUACAGUUUCGCAGACGAUUGUUUACUUUGGUGUAUGGUUUAUAGCAACAGGCUUUGCACUAUUCUCGUCCGCCAUUGCGCUGGCACUGGCACUCACGGAUAACAGUUCUGGGCAAACUGCAACAGAUCAAAACAUGAGGACUUUGCUCAAAUACCUAAGGCAUACCAUUGUCCCCCAGUACCUUCAGGGAAUCGCCCUUUAUUUCGGUGUGGCUUGGAUAAUCUCGUGGUUCAGUCCUUGGGCAGUGCGCCAGCUCUGCAAUGGUGGAACCAGAGGAUCUUCUAGCCAUCUGGUGGGUUUUGAAGGCAUAAUGUCACUACAUGAUCUCGAGAAGACUAUAUAUGGCAACUUCAACAAUCGCCUAUCAUACGCGGCCUCGUCAACUGUUUUCUCUAGAAACAUGCGCGACUCCAAGAUUCGAAUGGGCCGGGAACCUGAUGAUCCGAAUUAUUGGAAGAACGAAAUGAAAAGACUACAUUUCCCAGACACCCACCGUCUGUUCACCAUCGUGGAUACCGGCGACAUGACUGUGUCAGUCAUCGCUGCCGAGAGACCACCCGUAGUGGCCUUAAUAUGCGGACGUGAGGGCGGCAUGCUCCGAGUGUUACUGUGCAGCUGGCGGUUUGAAAAGAACUGUCUAUACCGGGAGUCUGUUGUUCGUAUGCGCAGUUCACUCGAAGAGCAGGCUACACAUAAUGACUGGCUGAAGAUCAGCUUGGCAAGCCAGGGCGAUGUCACUCGCACGCGAGUGAAUCAUCUCAAGCAACAGAGGGCCAACCAGAGCCAGUCCCCGCCUUCCAAGUCCCCUUUGCGUAUCCCUAAAACAUCCACUCCUCAUAUCUCUAUUCUUACGCUGGAUCAAGAGAAUCAUUCUAGGAACGGCCCGCAGUAUAGCUAA